GUCUCAGAGGGAGGAGAGGAUAUGCACGAGGUUCUCCCCGUGCCUGCCCUGCCUCGGAUCCGAACCAACGCCUCCUCGCCGAAGCGGGCGCUCAGCCGCAGGCUCGGGCUGUCGCUGAAGCUCCCCCACGGGCGGAACGGGGCGAACGGGGAGGGGGAGCGCGGGGGCGAAGGGGGAGCAAUGGGGGGAGUAACCGGAGUAGAUGGGGAAUGGGAGAGAGAAGAGCUGGCGCGGGCGUAUGGGAAAGGGGAGCUGGCGCAGCGGCUUAAGGCCCGGGGGGGGUCUUUGAAAGGCUGUCUGUUUCCGCCCCUGUCCCCGUCAAUGGCUGACGCGAUAAAAGGAGAGGAGAUUCGCGAGCGCGUAAACCGUCUGCACAGCCUGCAGCUGCGGCGGGAAGAGCGGAAGGCGCUGCGGAGCAGUGGCGGGGAAGGGGGCGUUGGGGCAGGGGGAGGGCGGAAGGGGGAGAGGGAGACGGAAGGGGAUGCGGAAAGGGGAAUGGCGGAAGGUGAGGCAGACUGCGAGGGUAGGCUGGGCAGAGCAGAGCGAGCGGAAAGAGCGGAGAGGGCGGAGAGAGCGGAGAGGGCGGAGAGGGCGGAGAGGGCGGAGAGGGCGGAGGAGCGGGGGCGGGAGAGGGGGAGCGACUCAAGUGAGGAGUCGAUAGCGUUGAGUGAAGAAGCGCAGGGGAGCGGGCAGGGAGUGGGCGAGACGAAGACGGUCAUCCAGGCGAUUCUGGAGAAGCGCCGGCAGAUCAAGGAGCAGCGGAAGGCGGCUGCACGGGGGGAAGGGGCGCGGGCGGAAGGGCCACGGGCGGAAGGGCCACGGGCGGAAGGGCCACGGGGGGAAGAGUUACUGAGGAAGGGGGGUGGGGAAGAAGAGGGGUUCGGGGCGGGAGAAGCGGAUUCGAUUGCCAGGGCGGCAGGUCGGGGGACGGCUGUAGCAGUCCGGGGUGCGGGUGACAGUAUGGAGAGUGAUUCAAACGGUGGUGGCGUGGGCGGCGUCAUGGAAGCUCGGAUUGGGCGAAUGGGCACUGAUGCCGAACCUGCUGGUCUGGUGGGUGGUACGGGUGAGGGCAUGAGAGACGGGGAGAAGGAGCUGGAAACUGAGGAGGAGAGGGAGGGCGCGAAGGAGAAGGAGAAGGAGGAGGAGCGGGAGGUGGUGGAGGAGGAGGAGGAAGAUGAGGAGGGAUGGGAGAGCCCAGAGCCAAUAGAGCGAUCGAGCACGUGUGACGGGCGGAUAGGGGGCAGUCGGGACGAGGACCAGUGGCUGCGAGUCCGAGAGGCCGCCGCUGCCGCCGCUGCUGCCAGAAGAGCCGCUGCGCUGGGGGGCGGAGGAGGGCAACCCCACUCCCUCUCUCACCUCUCCGCCUCCGCCUCCUUCCGCGCGUCCCUCCCCAAGAACUUCCCCCAGGUGCCCCCGCGACCGCCCAGCCGCGCGCAGGAGGAGGGGGGGGAGCGCAGGAGGCGGAGAUUCGGGUCGUUUGGGUCGUCUGUGGCAGAGGAUGAUUCCAGUGGCAGUGAUGCUUACUGCAGCCCUGUGCGUGCGGGCUCUCUGGGUUCUGCCCCUUCUGCUGCUGCUGCUGCUGCAGGAGCCAUUGCUGCUGCGGGUCCUACUGCUGCUGCAGGUGCCAUAGCUGCUGCGGGUUCAGUCUCAGGUGGUGGUGGUGCUGUGAUUGGUGGCAGCAGAGGCAUAGGAGGAGCGAAUUCCGCUCAAUCUCCUCUGUUUCGGGACCUCUCCAGAACCUCCUCCGCCUCUCCUGUUAGCCGCGCUGCUCUGGAAGCUCUUGGGGCUGGUUCGGGGGGAGGCUCGGGCGGAGGCUUGGGGGCAUUGGGAGUGGGAAGGUCCGGACUAGACAGCCCGCUUGUGCGGAAGAAGAGAGACCAGCAGCAGCAGAGGCAGCAGCAGCGGCGUCGGUCGUUUGGUAGCAACCCGGACCAGGGCCAGGAAGGGACAGAGGAUGAUGGCACCAGUGGCGCUGAUACCAAUGCGGGGGGUUUAGAGGCUAGAGAGGCUAGAGACCCCUGGGCCAACAUGGGCGAGUGGGAGGGCAGGGUGGAACUUGAAGAGGCAGAGAGAAGCGGAGGGGUGGGGACGGGGGCGUGGAGAGAUGGAGAGGGGGAGGAGGAGGAGGAGGAGGGGCAUUUGACGAUAGUCCAGCGGGCUCGCUCCCCUGCCCCCAUGCGGGUGGAACACCUCUCCUCCUCGCUUGACUCCUCCUCAGGGCUUUAUAGCCCCUUCCCGUGUGCGUCUUCGUCCUCCCCGCUGCAGUCGCCUCUGCUGCGGUCGCCGUCGUGUGGCGUGCAGUUUGAGCACCAGCCGGUGAUUCCGCUGUUGCUGCCCGCGAGGCUGAAAUCGCCGAUGCGGAGGAGCAAGCACGGGCGAGGGAAAGAGGCGCAGAGAGACGGGCAGAGAGAAGGGCUGAACCGAGGCCAUGGACAGGGAGAGGCGCUGAGGGAGGGGCAGAAUCGAGCUCAGAAGCAGGGAGAGGGGCAGGGAGAGGAUGGUGAGGAGAGGAGGGGAGAGGGCGGGGGUGCUGACAUGCAGUUUGUCCCUCCCAGCAGCAUGCGGGGCAAGUUGGGCGGAGUGGCGCGGACCACCAGUGCGCCUGCGCGCAGCCUGCACGUGCUUCCGCCACAGGCGCUUUCCAGAGGGCGGAAGGGAGUAGAGGCAGACCUGAGCUUCGAAGUCAUGCUGAGCGGUGGUGAGGGGGCGGGUGGCAGGUGGAAAGAGGAGGAAGAUGGGGAGGAGAAGGAGGUGGAAGGGCGGGAGGAGGUGGAAGAAGAGGAGGAGGAGAGAGGGAGCGGGAGGAGAGGGAACGAGAGCAGAGGGGCUGGCAAGGAGGGGCGGAGUUUGAGACGCGAGGAGCAUUCAAGCAAGGAGAUUGGUUCGGGCAGGGAGGACCGGAAGGUUGGGCUGGGCAAGAAGUUUGCUUGGGGUGGGAGAGAUGUGGGCGGUGGAGGCAGCUCCAUGGAACUCUCCUUUUCACGCAUUCCCGUUGGCCGGUUGAAUCUGAGCGAUAUUGAUGAAGAUAUGGCGUCUGCUGCUUUGGAGAGAGAGGAGGAGGAGGAUAGGAGAGAGGAGGGAGAAGAGGAGGGAAGGGAAGAGGGGAGAAGAGAGGGUGGAGGAGGGGGAGGUGCAAGCGUGGGUUCAUCACAAGUGGGCGAAACUGCAGAAACAGCAGCAGCAGCACCAGCAGCAGGAGGAGCAGCAGGAGGAGCAGCAGCAAGAGGCCCAGCAGGACCCGCACCAGCAUCUGCCAUUCGGCCGAGUCUCAAUCUCAGUAUCCUUCUUAAUGACCCCCCCUCUCCCCAAUCCCAGUCCCCCUUCCCACCCUCCGCACCACACUCCACCCUUGAUGGCCCCAAUGCUCCCUGCCCCUACAGGGAGUUCGGACCUAUCGCGCAGGCUCGGUGCCGAGCCGAGGAGGCUCGGAUGCACUGGUCUCUGCUGUUUUCUCAGUAUAUGGAUGUUCUGAUGGGUGCUCUGGCAGGGGAAGGGGCUGAGGGAGUGGAGGAGGUGGGGCGACGGAGGAGGAGUGGAGAAGGGAGGGAGAGAGAGGAGGAGGAGGAGGAGGAGGAGAUGGAGGAAAGGUGGGGAACGGGUGAGGGGUCUGUUGUUAGCGAAGGAGGAGGAGGAGGAGGUGGGAGAGGAGGAGGUUGGGGAGGAAGAGUGGGUAGAACAACGAGGAAGGCUGGUGCAGGGUUGACUGUAGCUCGCCCUGCUACUGUGGGGGCAGGUCCCUGGGACGUAGACCGUGAUUCUCUGGCGGGGGGGUUGGAAGGAAUGGGGGGUACAGCAGGAGGGCGAAGGGCAAGCGGAGCAGCAUCAGCAGCAGGAACAGCAGCAGGGGCAGGAGCAGCAUCGGGAGCAGUGCAUUCUUGGAUGAAGGGUCGGUCGGGGAGGCUCGGCCGAGCCUGGUCUUCUGUUUCGGCCUCCCACCGUGAGUUUGAGUGGAUCUGCCGCAAGUUCCAGGCAACUUCCGAGACUUCUGACCACCUGCCCGCGGUUCGCACCGGCGAAGUUUUCACGGCUGCCCUGGCCGUCUGGCUGAAGUUCUGGGACCAAUGGGGCGGCGGCCGGCCGUCCUGGGCAGCUGAAAAUGGCGACUCGUCGCCCGAAGGGGAAGGAGGAGCGGAGGGGGGAGGAGCAGGCGGGGGGGUGGGUGGGGGUGUAGCGACAGGAAGAGAGGGGAGACGGGGCGGCACAGGAGUGGGAACAGGAGCAGGAGCAGGAGCAGGGGUAGGAGAGAGUGCAGUGGCUUGGAGGGGAUAUGGGCAGGCGGAUGUGUGGCAGAGGAGUGACAGUGGUAACAGCAGGUGCAGUGGCAGUUCCCUCCUCUCCCCAUGUGGGUGGAACGCAGAUCUCGCUGCUGCUGCUGCUGCAGUGGCAGGGGUUCAAGAGGACGGGGAUGGGAUGGGUGGGGGGAUGGAGGGGGGAGAGGGGGCGGGGGACAGGGGCGGGGGAGGGGCAGGUGGAGGGGGAAGAGGGGGGAGAGGCGGGAGGGGAGCAGGGGGCGCGGAGCUGUUUGUGGGGGGAGCAGCGGUGUCUCAGGGCGAAGUGAUUGACUCGCCAGGGAAGCACAAGGGGUCGCGAGUCGCAGCGGGGCAGUGGCACAGUAUUACCUCCUCUGCUAUUGCUGCUGCUGCUGCUGCUCUCUCAGAGGGCAGUGAGUCUGGUGAAGCACGGGCGGAGGGGGAGCAAGAGGAGGGAGAGGAGAGAGGAGAGAGAGGAGAGAGAGACGGGUCAGCUGAGAGGAGGGAGAGGGCUUCGAGCAGUCGAUUCGAGAGGGAAGAGAGGGGUGGUAGCAGCAGGAGGGUGAGAGACGAGAGGGUGAGAGACGAGAGGGUGAGAGACGAGAGGGUGAGAGACGAGAGGGCAAGAGACGAGAGGGCAAGAGACGACAGGGUGCCACAUAGGGAGGAGAGGGCACUGGCUUCAUCAGGAGCAGAGCGGCCGUUCACCAGCGAGCAAUCCCGGCCAUCGCGCUGGCGGCCACCUCCUGAGUUCGACGAUGCUGGCCAGGCGGACGGGGGCAGGGCAGGCGCGGGAGGAGCAGCAGCAGGAGGGGCGGUAGGAGGAGCAGUAGCAGAAGCAGGAAGGGGAGGAGGAGGAGGAGGAGGAGGAGGAGGAGGAGGAGGAGGAGGAGGAGCAGGAGGGGGAUCAGCAGUAUCGAUCAUGACUCGGCUGGUAAAAGACGCAUUGGCAGGGGAGAACGACCGGUUCCUGUCAGCGCGGUGCCAGCACGACGACAUUCUCCUGUUCGUGGGCGUGGCUGCAGCCAUCAGCGCCUGGCGCCCCGCCACGGCCGCUGUGAUUCUCCUCCGCGUGCUCGAACGCAUUGCUUUCUUUGAACGGCUCCUGGAGCAGCAGCAGCAACAGCAGCGGGGAGGGGGGGGUGGACUUAUUCCCAGCAGAGGAAGCGGUGUGGUUACUCCGACGAGAGCGGGAGGGAGCACGCCAACGAGAGGGGGGGGUAUGGGUGCGUUCAGGAGCACGCCUCUGAGUAGCACGCCUUCCUCCCCCACGUAUGGCAUGCGUCCGUGGACCACCCCUAUCCAUGCUGCUGGUGGUGCUGCUGCAGGUGCUGGUGCGGGUUCUGGUGAUACCAGCAAUAUUACCACCAGUAUUAGCAUCAGCAUCAGCAGCGCCGGUAGCCACCUGGCCCCAGGUGCAGCCUCCCCCCAGAAUGUUUCUGUCCUUCUGGGCGGCAAGCGGGCAGGCGCGAACCUGCCCGCGUGCCGCUCGUUUGUCGUGUCGUGCCUGCUGGCGAUUUUGUCCUCUUGUGAGGACCGGGCGGCGACAGCCAUGGCGGCGGCGACGCCAGCGGUGCAGCGGCUGCUGAUGUGGCAGGAGGCGAGUGGGUGCGAUGGGGAAGGGGGCGGGGAGGGUGGGGAAGUGCUAGAGGUAGUACUAGAGGAAAGGGAUGAUGGGGAGGAGAUCACUCUCACUCCUGCUCGCGCUUCUGCUUCUGCCUCUGCCUCUGCUCUUGCGGGUAGCAGCAGCAGCACCGGAGGCAGCCUUCGGAAGCAGCCGAAGAAGCGUCGUGGCCGGCUUCCCAGCUUCUCAGCCCCAUCCCCCUCCGUCCCCGGCCCUUCCUUCCGCACGGCCUGGUCCCCCAUGUCCCUCGCCUCUCUCUCCGAAGUCGCUCUAGCUGAAGGCCUAGCCGCUGCCAAGCACUCGAGCCUGGAGGAGCGGUGCGAGGAGCAGGAUCGGCUGUACCUGCAGCUCAGCCUCGGCCCGGGCCUGCUGGCUAUGACGCUGUCGGCAGCCAUGCGGGACCUGCCGAACCUGCACCCGGACGAUACCAUGGCUGUAGCUUUGGCGGUGGAAGGCAUGGGGGUGGAGGAGGCGGCGUUUCACGCGGGGUUGCGGGCGGUGGCGAGUGGGAGGCUGGGUGCGGAGGGGUUUGAUACGGUUGUGAGGAUGGUGUUUGUGGGGCGAGGGGUGCAAUCUGUGGCGAUGAGGUUCGCUAAGCUGACAGCUGCGGUGAAAUCGGUGAGGUUUAUGGCUGGCGGGACCGGGGCGGCUGGUGCGCCGCCCGGAGGAGCUGCGGGGGCGGGGAUGCUCGGACUGGGCGGCAGCGCGGGCGGCACCGCGGGCGGCAGUGCGGGCGGCAGUGCGACCGGUAGCGUGUCUGUAGUAGGCACGUCAGAGAGAGCAGCAACAUCAUGGGGGAGAGCUGGUGUUUCUGCUUCUGCUAAAGAGGCUGGUCCUGCCAGUGGCAAGGCUAAUGGAGGAGGGGCGUUGGGAGGGGUCCUCUCUCUCUUCGGCUCCAACACUCCCAAGUGGGCGUCUGCUGCUCUUGCUGCCGCCUCUGCCUGGGGUUCUGCCAUGCAAAGCCGUGGGGGGAUGGAUGGGGAGAAAGCAGGGGCGGACAGUAAGUCGGAUACCAGGAGCAUCGCUGGAAGCUGCCGGGAAGGUGCCGCUGCGGAUGCGGGGAAUGUUGCUGCGGUUGGGAGUGCAGGCGGGGGGAGUGGGAGUAACAGUAAGAGGUGGGAUUUUUUCAUGGGCAGUUUCACGGGCAGCAGGGGCGGGGCUGGCGGAGUGGAGGACGAUGUUUUGUCGCAGGAAGGAGGGCUUGGUCCGGGCAGCGAAAUUUCUGUCAGCAGUGUUGGUGCCCGUAGCGCUUCCGCUUCUGCUGCUGGUGCUGCUGCAGCUAGUGGUGGUGGUGGUUUUGCGGGUGCUAUUGCUGCAGCUCUGACCAGCACUGCCAGCAUCUACAGCGGUGGUGGCGGUGGCGGUAACCGCAAUAACAACGGUAACGGUUUCGGGUGGGGCGGCGGCAGCAACUGGGGCGGCGGCAGCAACUGGGGCGGUGGGACGAAUGGUGCGCUGACACCUGGCAACGGGGGGUGCACGCCACGCGCUCUCACCCCGCGAUCCGCCGCGCAGCACGAGCAGCAGCAGCAACAGCAGCAGCAGAAGAGCUCUUAUGUCUCUGAGUUUGUAGCGGCGGUGCUGAGGAGUGAGGAGAUGAGGAAGCAGCACGCGUGGGCGUAUGAGGUGCUGCUCAACUUCCUCCGUAUCAACAGCCGCGGGGCUCCCAUGGAAGAGCGGGAGCUUGACCUCUGUGCUCGGGUGGUGCUCAACAAGUGGCUCGGCGAGGGCUCCGAGGCUGACCGCGAGGCUCGGGCAGUGGCUCGGGUGGAGAGGAUGGGCAAUCCAGGGUCGGAGGUGGGGUGGCCCAUGUGGCUGCGCAUUGGACGGCUGGUGGAGGGCGAGAUGAGCCACAUGCCGCGCCUCAUGGAGGCCAUGCACGCCCUGUCAAUCUGGCUCAACUACGAUAAACUAGAGGAGGAUGGGUCGUGCUCGGAUGCCACAGCAGGGGAGGUGUUGGACUGGGGCAUGCACGGGCUGCUACAUGUACUCCCAGAGGGCUCCUCCGCGCAGACCCUGCUUGACUUGCUUGACCCAGAGGACGAUGACUGGGUUGACCUGUCGCUAGCUGUCGUGGCGCGCAUUGCUGCCUGCCCCAGCGUGCUCUGGCCUGUCAAAGGGGGGUCGGCGCUGUUCGUUGCCAAGCUGCUCACUCUGGUGGAAGACUGUGCGGAGAUGACGCGCGACCAGCAGAGCCGCGCAGUGCAGGUGGCGGUGCAGCUGUGGGGGUGGGCCAUGCCCAAGCGCGAGCAGCUGCUGGAGCAGUGCGAGACCGAGGAGGAGGUCAUGGAGGUUCUCGACCGCUCAGCUGCUGCCACCUGGCGCUCUGUUGCUCUGGGAGGUGCGCUCUGA